AGAACGAAAGAUUAUGAUCGGUCACGUGAGUACUCGCCGUAAAGUUAAGUUCCUCUGUUAAUGAGAAAGUACGAGGUGAGAUGUAAAGCGUGCUCGUGUCGCAUAACCUCAUAGUAUACCUAAAUGCAACAAACAGCAGAAGACAGAACUCCCGUUAGGAGUACAUAAAGAAAAUGCAAAAGUGCAAAAUUUGUGGCAGUAAAGAUUUUUACAAAGAAGCUGGAUAUUUCUUUUGUCAAACGUGUCAAACGCAAAAUGAGGAUAUCAGAGAGGAAGUUCUUGAAUUACGUAUAGAUAGUACGACUAGAUUGCGAAAAACAAAAAUUAGGCAAUUAAAAUCUGAUAUAUCAGGUAAUGAGGUUGGAUGGACUUCAUGGGAAUUAUACAAUUUUGUUUUAAUUGGUUUAACAAAUGAGCUAAUAGAACUUGGAGUUCCACCUGAUAUAAAAUUGACAGUAUUACAAUUAUGGGCAACAUAUUUAGGCAAACUUGAAGUAGCAUUUAUCUCAACUAGAAGGAAAUCUAUGCCCAAAUUAGCUAGAAGAUAUAAGAAAAGGGAUGCAGAUAUUAUUUAUGGCAAGGUACAAUCGGAGAAAACAUCCAGAAAGCGCAAAAGAUAUAGAAGUAAUACAAAUACUUCUGUCAGUGGAACUAGCAUUACUGGACUUAGUGAGGGUAGUUCUAUGAGAGAAUUAAACAGAAACAAAAGACUUCUAAUAGCGGCAGAUUAUGAUAGAUAUCUUCAGUCUCAAAAUAGUUCUGAGGGUGAUGGUCUUAGUAUGUUCAGUCAAAGUCAAAGUAUAUAUAGUAGGCAAUCUAGUUCUGUGAAAUCAUCAGAAAAUGAGGGAAAAGUGCAAUUUAGUUCCCAUGCCAAAGAAGAAGCAAGAAAAAUUAAAAGAUUAUCAAAAAAUAUACCUAAAUUUGAAAGAGUUCAAUACAGGGCGAAACACAUAAGUACUCAGUACAAAAUGGGACCUAAUAUAAUUACACCUAUGCGACUAUGGGCAAUUAUAUAUUUAGCUUUAAGGAUCCAUAAUCAACCUAUACAAUUAGGAGAUAUGUUAAGAUAUGGAAGAGAAGGACACUUGUCUUACUACAAAUUGGAUCAUUUAUUACCACCAGAACUGAAUUUAACAGCAAAUGAAAGAAGCUUCUUAACACAGAAUGUUGAAAUUACACAUAAAGGCAUGAGACGAAUUAUUGCAAGGGGCAUUCAAUUAUAUACAGAAAGAUUAAUAGCUUUAUCACCUCCUAAAAUGAUAUUUGAUGCAAAAAAGUCAUGCAUUCCUAACUAUGAAGGUCGUGCAAUGGCAUUUAUUAUAGUAGUGCUGAAAACUUUACUUGCUCUAGAUGGCGUAACUGAAUAUCGCAUUAGUAGAAUUGCAGAGAAGAUCAACAGCACAGCUAUUGAACGCGGCUUACUCGAUAAUAAGCUUUUUAGUUUUCAAGAAUGGCAAAAAUAUAUUGAAUGCAGAAGGACGAUUUUAAUGCAUACACAUUAUCCAACCAAAAUGAAAUAUUGUCCCGAUGCAGAUGGAAUCGACGAUUUAUAUUUAAAAUUCUUAGAAUUUAUAUCUUCUAAAUCGAAUAAGAAUGAACGAGAAAUAAAAAAUUCUAAACAUUAUUUGCCAGAAGAAAUUAUUAGUGCUAUGGGAAAACACAUAAGUAACUUAAAUAUCAAUGAUUCAUCGCCAAAGGCAAUUGAUAUAUUUCCACCAUCUCUAACACCUCUUCAUUCGUACUUGCAACAUUUAUUAGAUCAUCCGUUUUACGAUAUUCCUAAUAUAGCACGAAGCGAUUUUUUUCUUACAAAAGUUGGGUACAUGACAAAAUCUGAUGCUUUAGUAGAAUUAGCAGCGAAAUGUGGCAUAGAGUUAGAGAUAGUCGAUUCGAACGUACAUUUUCUCGAAAAAAAUGUACCUCCAUUUGAACAACCUAGAAUGCCAAAUAUAAAUGAACUAAAACAGCUUAUCGAUGUGCAAGAUGACUUACAGGACGAAGAAGCUAAAAGCGAAAGUGUGAAUGACUAUUUACACGCUAAAACACCAUGUAGCAUUAAAUUUGACACUAUUAAAAAUCAGUAUUACGAUAGUACUGUAAGUGCAAUGAAAGAUUCUGCAAAUGUCUUUGCAGGAAAUGAUUUUACAUUUACCGAAACUCUGCCAAACGGGAAAUUAGCAAUACCUGUUGAUAGCGAUAGUGAGAACGAAGAAGAUUUAGGGAGCAAUGGUUUGGAUCAACGGACGCUUUUAGAAAAUAAACUACGUGAUAAAUACAACAUACAUUUAUCACUAGCAGAAAAAGAAGCCUUUCAUAAGUCGAAUGGAAUGAAAAAAACACAUUCCAAAGAAUCUAAAAUUCAACUUAAGCGAAAUACUAAGGGUCAGUUUAUUAAGGGCAGUGCUGCGCCUAUAAAAAUUGAAAAGAGUGACGCCGAGUUUUUUGCCGCAACAGAGAAUGUAAAUCUUUGCGAUAAUAUCGACACAAGUUUCAUAAAUGAUAAACAUAUAGAGGUUGGAAAUACCGAAAAAAAUCAAUUAUUAUUCCCUGAAAAUAUCAAUAUCAGUGACAUUAGUAUUGAUGACACAAAUAUAAAUAUUGAUAAUUUUGAUAUAAAUAACUUUCUUAAUUUCAGCGACAUUUCAUUUUUUAAUCAAAACGACACUUUUGCACCUGUAUCAAGUGAGGAAAAAACUGUAGUCAAGGAGAAAGAUAUAUUUUUUAAACCCUUUACGGAGUACUGGAUGUACGACUGCAUUUUCAGCCGCGUGAAAUCAAAAAAUUUCGCUAUAUUUGAAAAAUCAUUACCACGAACUUUUCGUUGGCUACUAAACGAAUGUGCACUUAUUGUGGAAAUGUCUACAGAAGAUUUAUACGAAGAAGUCUGUUUAAUAGAAAAUUAUCAUUCACACAUUUCAAAUUCUAGUACCUCUGACAGUAGUGAACGUACUAACAUAGAUCCAAUAUCUAAAAGUCAAUUGAAUUUUAUUUUAAAUAAAUGGUAAAGAACUGUCGUGUGCUAUAUUGUAAUAUAUUAAUUAUAAUUUUUUACUGAUAAUGUUUUUUAUUCACGUCGAAACAAUAUAUUAAUACUUCGUUCUACGGAUUAAGCUCCAUGAAAUCCUUUUAUAAUAGAUCUACGUGGCAAAAUAUUUUUGUGCUGUUUUCUAUUUAUCUUUAUGGCACUAUGAAUAGUGAUGAGAGAGCUAUAAGCUUCAAACUAUGUUCAAAGCGAUUCGAAUUUGUUACCAUGGCUCACGGAAGUA